ACUGACUACUGAGUAACACUACUCGAAUUUCGCAACUUUUGUUAGUUUUGUAUUUCAGUGCGUCUUUUCAUAUUUGCGGUUAGUGCUUGAGGCUGCCAUACUGAUUCAGCACUGGAGAAAAAAUCGAUAGUUUUCGAAGUUGGUCACCAUGUCGCAAAAGAAUAACGAUGGACGAGAGGAGGCAGCGGACGAAGCUGGGAACUCAGAACCAUCGUCUUCUUUGACAAACAUGGAUGCUCCGGAAGGCAGCCCUGCUUCACCCAGCACGAGCAAUCAGACGGGUUUUCGUGCAGAAUUCGAUGUGUUGGAUCUAGUGGUGCCUGUUCGAAGUGGCGAGCGUAAUGAUAUAGAAGGGGAGUUGUUCUCAAACGAUUUGAACGUGGAAUCUCCGCCACCACCCGAAAAUGCAGUGGACGAUAUGGCAAGCCCAUCAGUGAUUGUUGCUUCCAGCAGUUCCACAUCGGGAUUUCUCCCGGAUAUUCUUGGCGAAGAACGUCAAUCGAGCGCUCGAGAGGAGUUAGUGGCCAAAAUGCGUAAACUGGAAAGGCUAGAACAUAGUGCAAAGGAGCUGUUAAAUAAAUAUGAAACGAUUGGAGAUUUGGAAGGCCAGCAGAACGUUUUGGGUAUGAUGGAGAAAUUGUACUCACAGCGCGAAACGAUAGAGGUUCAAAUGGCGGAAGUUGGCUCGACGCGUUCUCGAAACGAAGAAGUGCGCGAAAAUAAGCCCCGCCUCCCUGCGACUCGCAACCGUUCGCAAAGUCCGGAACAACCUCUAAAUUUAGUUCGAAAGCGCCCAUCAGCAGACCGCACAAAUCGCCCGCAGAUCAAGCUUAUGCCACUCCGGAAUUCUGUCGAAACCAAGCAAGAAUCCGCGCAUGCAGAACAGAGUGAGCCGGUUGAUCAGCCGACAAGAAUUUUACGGCAGAACAUUCAAGAUAUUCAUGUCCGUAAAGGAGAAUUGGAUAGAAUCGUUAGACAUCUGCAUUCGCUAACUGAAGAUUGUAGAACAAACUCAGAUCGCACGCGAUUGUCUCAACUUAUUAAAAGACACGAAGAAAGUAUAACUGAAUUGGAUGCUACCCUUGCCGAUGCAGAGAAAACGUUGGCUGCAAUGGAAAAACUGGAACGGAAUCAAACAGUUGUGCGAAGUGCUUUGGAGCGUGCAGGAUCCAGUGCUCCGAUGCCACUAGCAGCUCAGGAAGAAGAAAGUGAGGAUGAUACGCCGUCCGAUGUCAAUCAUUUGCUUGAAUUAAGAGCCAAACUGCGAAACAUGCAGCAGAAGCUGAGUACAUAUUCCGGUGAGGAUCAAGCUAAUACUGCCAGUGGUCCUGCAGCCGGCGUGACUCGUGGUGAGAUUCCGCCCGAUUCAAGUCACAAACCUCAAAGUAGUUCGGCAUCUCAGCGGGAAAUGGCCAGUCAGUAUCGCUCGCACCCACUGGCACCGUCACAGGAGAGAGGGUUACGAUCGUCCGUCGUCCAGACUGUCGAAAAUGACCUCGGGGACAUGUCGCGUUUUCGAUCAGUAGGUUCGCAGUUUUCGAGUGGCAAGAAUUCACUGAGCAACCAGGAGCGGGCGCGUGAGGACUUUGCCGGCGGGAACUUUAGAACGGCGCCACCGGAGGCAGUUUACGGACCGGGUGCCUUCCGACAGAACGACCCAGUAUGGUGCAAUCCGAACGCUACAUUUCGCUAUCCUGGCGAACCGUAUGGAGUGCGGCAUCAGUGUAUACCAGAUUCGCAGCCGCCUCUUAGAAUGUUGAACAAUUCGCCUCGCUCCCAACGUACCACGGACGGUAGAUUUCCUUCCGAAACUGGCGCUCUGCAUAACGAAUUAUAUGGAUUAAGCUCUAAAACUGGCGAUGGUUACUUCGUGAUCGAUAAUAUUCAUGGACGGACUUCCGAAAGUUUGGGCCGCGCACCUGGGCGUCGAGAAGAGCAUUCGUCAGAAAGCGAUCGCGAAAAUUCGGACCUUAACGAUCCCUUAUAUAACCGGAUUCGGAGUGAAAAUUGGGUUAAACAGACCAAUCCAAGUUAUCGAAAUGACCUUAGCGUGCCUAAUAAAAAUUCCAACGAAAGAAGAAAUGAUUCCACUCGUUCUCGUGCAUCGAAUUAUCAGGAUCACGCACCUGUGUUAAAUGACAGAGACUAUGGUGCGAGCAAGUGCGAACCAUCAUACGAAAACAGACCGACCCGUGAUAUGCCUGUACCGGAAGUUGUGGCAUCCCUCCAAGUUAUUAUGGCGGAGCAGCAGAAGAUCUUGAACAGUUGUGCGCAGUUUGUAUCCAAGCCGUCCGUAAACUAUGACAGAUGUAGGGCUCAAGCGGAUCUGGUGCGACAAUCUCCCGGUGGCCGUGGAAAGAAAUCCGAAAGUGCCGCCAGGGAUGCACAAACCACCAUGAAUAAUUCACUUCGGUUGCAUGGACGAAAAGAAUUAGAUGCAGACACUGCACUGCUCAAUAAUCAGCGACGAGAAGGCGAAGCCUAUCCGUACGCUGUAUCCCCUUCAUCUUUGCGCCAGGAGUCGUUUUCACAACAAUGUGAAGGCGGGCCAGUCACUGGACACCACGCUGAUUAUCCAGUACGUAAUCCAUCGUUUUCCGAAGGAAAGCCGCCUGGUUUCAGUCACAGCUUUGGAAAUCCAGAUCGAAGAAAUCGCCGAUCGCAAACUAGAGGUACUGAAGCAAACUCGCCACAGAUACCUGUCAGUGAAGUGCACACGGAUAAAGGAUUGGUUAGCCUGAUGAACCAAAUCUUGAAAGAUUAUCGGAACGAUUUGGGUUCUUUGCACUUUAUGCUGGACUCAAUUGCCUCUCUGAAGUCUAGUACUUCGCGGGCUACGGUAGCGUCGCAGUUGGGGCUGCUGGCAACCGCAGAGCUUGACAAAGCUAGACAGAACGAGAAAAGCCAUCAUCGUCAUCCUUCGGGCCUAUACGGAACUGGAGUCGAAAGUCUGCCAACGCAUGAUUCAACACGUGUUAUGUUACCAAAUGCGGGAAACAAAAGCGCUUACGGAAAUGCAUUUUAUCCACAGAUGACCGAUGCUACAGUGGGGUAUGGCUCAUCCGAACACCCGAUUGAGCCGAUGGUGCCUUCCGCACCGAUGGAUGCUUUCUUUCGUCGAAGUGUUGCUUCGCCGGGUUUGAUGGGAAGUGCACGAGAACUGGAGUCUGCGAGACUCUUUCCAUGGGAUGCAGCACGCAACGACUCGUCGCGAGCGCGGAUGGCUUCUCUUGGAUUGUGGCAGCCACCAAGAAUGGACGGUUUGACGCCGUCACAGUCACAGGGGCCACAACAACAUACGUUGCCGUCCUUUUUCGGUGGGAAUGCGGGAUCGGCUCAAGCCCAAGCAAAUAAUACGACAGAAGAGCGACUUUUGAUCGAAACAGAUGGUGAUUCGUUCGACGUUCCUCGACAAAACUUACGCCGUCCGGCAACUGCAGCCGAACAGGCGCGUGCUAAUCUGGAGACAUCUGGUGCAAGAUCUAAUGACAGACAGGAAAACCUAUCUGGAGCUAGUGGCAGUAAUGGAGAUUUUGAUAUUAUUAACUAUUAUGGGAACUCUUUGGAUCGCAACGGAGAUUUUGACGAAGGCCGCUGAGCAGUAAUUGGAGAAACGAAAUGUCCAACUAAUCAUUUACCGGGAAUCUCGUGGGUUCUUUGUGUGAACAGUUAUGUUUAUUUAGGUUACUGAAUUGCGGUGUCGCUUUUUGCUUUGCUCGAUGCUUUGGUUUAAAAAAUGGUUCAGCGUUUGCCGGCGAUGCUGUUGACGUUCAUUUUGCAUAAUUAUGUUGUAUUCAGUUGGUUUUGGACUGACAAAUAAUACUAAAUUAUAACAAUAUUUGACUGAUUUCACAAAAACAACAAACUAUGACGAUGAAAAAAUAAAAUAUGUCAUCGCG